AUGUCGACUGCAGAAGUCGAAGUUACGAACAUCGUCGACCGCGGCGAUGUUAUUCUUGUCGUUGGUUCAGGUAAAGGCAUCGUCAAACUUAAGGUCAAUUCCAUGUUCCUGCGAGCCGCCUCGAAGACCUUUGAGGCUUUCCUAGGACCAAACUACGCAGAAGGCCAAGCUCUAAGUUACGAUAACCCGCCAGAACUACCUCUACCAGAGGAGGAUCCGAGCGCAAUGACAACUGUUUGCUAUUGUUUACAUUUCAAACAACAUCUAGUUCCAGAAAACCCAGAUGCCAAUCAAAUUCUCGAAGUUGCAAAAGCAGUCGACAAGUACGCGCUCCAGGAGGCUCUGGCGGUUCUUGUUCAGGCUUGGCUCACGCUACCUACGGCUUCGACACAAUUUCACGAUCUAGGCAACACUCUCAGAGCUGCGUUGAUAAUUGGAAACGAACCGGCCGUGAAGAAGCUUACCACAUCCCUGAUACUCUCUGGUGAAGGAAACUAUACAAGUCUACUGAAUGAAGAUGAUUCUGAAAGUUUCGUGAACAUCACAAGCUCGAGCAUCAACGCCUUCGACUUCGGCGGUUAUUGGUACAAAGACUCUACGAGGCUGUGA